GAAGCGGUGCCAAAGUGCGAGACUGAACCUAAAGGGGCUUGUUUGGGAACCGGACAGGGGGAGUGGACUUCCCGCUGUUCUCAUGGACCACACGGAUGUUUAAGAGUUAGCCAAAGACAGCGCAGUCCAUGUCUCUGCCUUGCGGGGUCAUUGAUGGGAAACCAACUGGACAGGAUCACCCACCUCAACUACAGCGAGCUGCCCACGGGGGAUCCGUCCGGCCUGGAGAAGGACGAGCUUCGGGUCGGCGUCGCCUACUUCUUCUCUGACGAAGAGGAGGAGGUGGAGGAGCGCACACCGUCCGACUGCGGCUUCAAAGAGCAAGAGGACGGAGAGGAAGAGGACAGAGGGCCCUUCACGGUCAGCGAGGUGGAAUACUCCGCGUUCUGCUGCCAGGAAUGCAUCUUCUCCAAACUGCACGAACACGAGGACUUGAACGUGUACACAGUGAAAAGUUUGCUGACUAUGUGCAAACCUGGAGACCUGCUGGAGCUCGUGGGCACGGCUCAGGCGCCGCAUUGGGUCAUCUACGAGCAGGACGACCGGGUCAUUCACCUGCACAAGGGGGAGAUCCGCAAAGACAGCCUGCUUGAGCUCAGCAACGGGCGCCACGGGAGGAUAGUGAACAACCGGUACCGCUACCGGCCGCUUCCCGCUGAUUUGGUCAUGCAAAACGCAGUCGGUCACGUUGGACUCAGCAGUGAGGACAUAUGCUGGACCAACUCGGAAAGUUUUGCCGCGUGGUGCCGGUUCGGCAAACGCGAGUUUAAAGCUGGGGGAGAGGCGCACUCCGCGGAGCACCAGUAUUUCCUCAAAGUGCACCUGUCCGGCAGCGGCGUGCACACGCUCGUAUUCCGCAGCCUCGAGGACAUGAUCCGCGAAAGGAGGCGGGUGGACGCCUGUGGGAUUCUCAAAGAGCUGUCUUUGGUUAACGGGGGCAAGGAGUGAUCAGGGAUUAGCUUUGAUAACGCCCUCUCUCCCCCCGCACAGCCCUAUUAGCUCCACACACAUAGGGACCUGUUGGUUUUGACUGCGCCUCGAUCCUGUGCCAUGCGUCUGGACGCAAAGACGCACUGUGGAAUUCCAAAAAAAAAAAGCUGAAGCAGACAACGCCCCUUCUGAAUCGUGCAGCGUGGGACACACUCUUUCUAUUGUUGCCAUAAACAUAACCGAGCCACAUUCAACAACAGGCAGCCUUUUGUUUCCACCGAUGGGAUCAUUAUCAUGGAUUCUGCUUUGAGUGUACUGUCACUGCGGCACGCACGGUGAGAGCACACUAGAGAUAGGAUCUGGGAAAGUCUAUUUUUUUACUGUUAGCUUUAAGCCCGGGACUGAGCCACACACAAAAGCCACUGAACCAUCCCAGCGGACCUCUCUGAUGCCUAUAAACAAACCAUUUGGCUUGUUCUAACCGUUUCUGCCAUAUCAGAGUGUUGUCAUGUCACGAUGCUGUCUGUCUGUCAUCCUGCCCCUCAGCACUGGAUGUAUGUGUAAAGUGUAUUCAUCUUGAUUUCAAUUUGAGUCUCUUAUUUUUGUAUUUGAGUUUAGUGGAUUUUUCUGGUUUGGAAAUAAACAGAGGUUGAAAUAUGAAAACGAAA